AUGGCGGGGGCAGCAACCGCAACUUACUCUGCAGAUGUUUGGACCUCGCCCGGUAGCGUAGACGCCAGUCAGCAGCCAUGGGACUUUUCUGUUCCCGCGAGGCAGAAUAGUAACGCUCGUCCCAAGUCACGCUCUCGUGACUCUGGCCACAGAAGAUCCCGAGACAAGGGCUCCAGAAGCUCGUCCCUAUCCAGACAUGCCUACUCACAAGAGGCAAACUUCCUAGCAUUGAGGGGAAGGCGCGAACAUAGCCCAAAGCGACACGAAAGUGAGCCUGGAUUCCCGCGAGACCUGCAUGGAUAUGAAGCCGCGAAUCGGGCCGGGAGCAAAGCGAGAGAUUCUGAACACAAUGGACCUCACAAGGGUAGCGACAAGAAAGAUGGGAUGGGACAGCAGCUGAAUGAACUAGACAGUGCGCAUUGGAUCCAUCGCGAUAAGCUGGCCCGUAUUGAAAGCGAGGAGCUGCAACAGGCGGCCUAUCUGUUUCACCGUCGUGCUGGUCUGGAGAAUGGCAAGCCGAGCCGGGCGAGAAACCACGACUCCAACAACAGCGGGUUCAGCGGGUUCAGUGGGUCGGUAGGCGCACCGAUGGCAUCAGAGUCCAUGGAGCCAUGGCCAAACCUGCGCGACGAGCAGCGCAACCAUACCAGCUCUCCGACGCCCUUUGACGGUGAUGGCACUGGGGACGUGACGGAAGAGGAGCGCAGAGGUUGGGAUCUUCGUAGACCAGAGGAAAUUGCUGCCGACGAGGUGACAGAUAGCGCAUCGAGUAUGUAUCGUAACCCGGGACUUCGAAAGAGCUCGUCUCGGAUACCCAUAUCGACUGCCAGCCCGGCACCUAUUUCUCCCGAGCAUCUGGGACGCGAGUUUCCCAUGCAGCGUGCGCGGACCCUCACAAACGGCGAGGAGGAAAUCUUGCUGUUUGGAAAGCCACGCAGAGCCAGCGAGCCAAUCGCGGUGGAAGCUUCCGACUCCUCUGCCACUCCAUCUGCAACUCCAUCUGCAGGCAGCCGACCAAACAGUCGCGGCAUACAGCCCAACCAAAAUUCUCCGGCAAAAAGAGGACCAACGAGCAAAGGUUCUGCAACCCGCAAAACUUCUGCUCCUCCCAGCAAUACCCGGAAAUCGUCGCGAAAUCGGACCGUUUCAACCAAUUCCCAGCGCCCUACCACCCGAUCAGGCGAGCCCCGUCCGCCGCAGCCCAUCAAUCGACCCGAGGGAGAUCCUCCAUGGUUGGCGACCAUGUAUAAACCCGACCCUCGACUCCCUCCCGACCAGCAGAUCCUCCCUACGCAUGCACGAAGAAUGCUGCAGGAACAAUGGGAGAAGGAGGGCCGGACACCUACAACGUACGAUCGGGAAUUUGCUCCCUUGGCUAUCGGGCCUGACGAUCGACCUCAGCUUUCCAGCAAGGAGGAAGAUACGGAGAAAGUGGAGAACACGCCGGAUAAGGCUGAAGAGCAGUCACUCUCACCGGUGCAAGCGGAGAAGACCGACAAUCUCCUCGCUUCGCCAAAGAGUCCCGCAUCAAGGCCGAGUUCCAGUACGGGAUACAGCCCCAUGCCUAAGCUACAGGAGAUGCCGGCCGCUGCCCAGGUUGGAUUGACGCCAAAAUGGAACCCUCCGGUGGUGACUGCGCAACCUCCGCCCCCGAAGGAGAAGGGAUGCGGAUGUUGCAUCAUUAUGUGA